CGUCAUACCAAACACAAACAAUUUUAUUCAGAAUUCAAAGGAUUCCACAGCUAUUGCAUCAAACUAAGCAUUCCAAUGGCACAAGAGAGGACGAAGAUGGGUAUGGUUUUGGUGAUCAUGAGCAUACUGUGUGCAGGUGCUGCGGCACAAUCAUCAAGUUGCUCAAGUGCGCUGGUGAGCCUGUCACCGUGCCUCAACUACAUCGCCGGCAACUCCUCCAGCCCUUCUUCAGGGUGCUGCUCUCAGCUUGCCAGUAUUGUGAGCUCACAGCCACAGUGCCUGUGUGAAGUUCUUAACGGAGGAGCAUCUUCAUUGGGAAUCACAAUCAACCAAACCCAAGCUCUGGCCAUGCCUACUGCUUGCAAUGUCCAGACCCCACCCAUCACUCAAUGUAAAGCUGCUUCGCCAGCGGAAUCUCCGAAUUCGAAUCCAUCAGGAACUGGAUCCACAAACGUGCCCACCACAGAUAAUGGUUCGUCCGGUGCAAACUCCGUCAAGUUUUCUGCUCCUCUGCUGUUUCUGGUUCUGGCAUCAACAUGUGCUCCAACAUUUGCGACACUGAUUCGUUAAUGCGUUGGCGUCUCCUUCAGAAUGCUCUAUAUUUUUUAUAUUUGUUGUUGACUAUUGUCGUUUUGGAUAUCUAAUGGGGAUUUAGGACUGCUACUUAUUCAUUCUCGUUUUACUUAGUUUACCUGUAUAUUCUUUUAUCCAUACAAAUACUUUUUGGUUACCUAAUUUUUGUAUUCUCACCUUCACCAAUAAAUGUGGACUGUGCUUUGUUUCCCA